CUUUAGCAUUUUUGGAUUCCACCUUUUAUCUCUCAAUCUCAGUCUUCUGGCUGUGAAUCUUCUUCUCCAUCUCAGCCUCUCAAUCUCCAGGCAGAAGAGGCAAGAAAGAUAGUUCUAAUACCAACUGGAGGAAUCAAGAAGUAAUACACUUAAAGCGAUUGAAUUAGAGGGAAAUGGCAAUGGCGGUUGCAACCCCAGCAGCAGCCUUUUCUACUACCGGUUUCUUUCCCGGGGUUUAUCCCCUCCCCGGAUGCAACCGGCUACUGGCCGGAGGAACAGUACCGCUCCAUCUUCUUGGGACUAAAUCGGCGCAACUCAGAGCUGCUGGGUUGAGGAGGAGGAGGAGGCGGAGCCGCCCCACUAUAGUUGCAGCUUUAGGAGGUCUCUUCGCCGGGAUCUUCAAGUCCGCCGAUUCCGGCGAGUCCACUCGAAAGCUGUACUCCUCCGCCCUCUCACUAACUAACGGCUUUGAGUCUCAAAUGUCUUCGUUAUCAGACUCUCAAUUGAGGGAUAUGACCGCCACUUUCCAACAGCGGACCCGCGCGGGUGAAUCUUUGGACUCCAUUUUACCUGAAGCAUUUGCUGUUGUAAGAGAGGCUUCAAGACGGGUUCUCGGGCUCCGUCCUUUUGAUGUGCAGCUUAUAGGGGGCAUGGUUCUUCAUAAGGGACAAAUAGCUGAAAUGAGGACUGGGGAAGGAAAGACACUUGUUGCUAUACUACCGGCAUAUUUGAAUGCAUUGACUGGAAAGGGAGUUCACGUUGUUACAGUAAAUGAUUAUUUAGCCAGACGAGAUUGUGAAUGGGUUGGACAAGUUCCUCGCUUUCUUGGACUAAAAGUUGGCCUGAUUCAACAAAAUAUGACAAGUGAGCAGCGGAGAGAAAAUUAUCAAUGUGACAUCACAUAUGUGACUAACAGUGAGCUGGGAUUUGAUUACCUGAGAGAUAAUCUUGCCACGGAAAAGUGUGGACGAGCUUGUGUUGAGACGUUUUAAUUACUGUGUAAUUGAUGAGGUUGAUUCUAUCCUAAUUGAUGAGGCCAGGACUCCUCUUAUCAUUUCUGGACCUGCUGAAAAGCCAAGUGAUCAAUAUUAUAAAGCUGCUAAGAUAGCUGCAGCCUUUGAACGAGAUAUACAUUACACAGUUGAUGAGAAGCAAAAAACUGUUUUGCUCACAGAGCAAGGUUAUGCGGAUGCUGAAGAAAUUCUAGACGUGAAAGAUUUAUAUGAUCCACAAGAGCAAUGGGCCUCAUAUUUAUUGAAUGCAAUAAAAGCAAAGGAACUUUUUCUCAGAGAUGUGAACUAUAUCAUUCGUGGCAAGGAUGUCUUUAUAGUUGACGAGUUUACUGGUCGGGUCAUGCAGGGGAGACGUUGGAGUGAUGGACUUCAUCAGGCAGUUGAAGCAAAAGAAGGUUUACCUAUCCAGAAUGAGACUGUAACGUUGGCUUCAAUAAGUUACCAGAACUUCUUUCUCCAGUUUCCAAAGCUCUGUGGCAUGACUGGCACUGCUGCAACAGAAAGUGCAGAGUUUGAGAGCAUAUACAACCUGAAGGUUACAAUUGUCCCCACAAACAAGCCCAUGAUUAGGAAGGAUGAGUCAGAUGUAGUGUUUAGGGCAACCACAGGAAAGUGGAGGGCUGUGGUUGUGGAGAUUUCUAGAAUGCAUAAAAUAGGCCGGCCUGUGCUUGUUGGUACAACCAGUGUUGAACAAAGUGACACGUUGUCAAAACAACUGCGGGAUGCUGGAAUCCCGCACGAGGUGCUCAAUGCAAAGCCUGAGAAUGUAGAAAGAGAAGCUGAAAUUGUGGCACAGAGUGGCCGUCUAGGGGCAGUUACAAUUGCCACUAACAUGGCAGGACGUGGUACUGAUAUUAUCCUUGGUGGCAAUGCAGAGUUCAUGGCUAGAUUGAAGUUAAGAGAGAUGUUAAUGCCAAGAGUUGUUAAACCAGCAGAAGGGGCAUCUAUUUCCAUAAAGAAACCUCCUCCAGUAAAGACAUGGAAGGUGAAUGAAAGUCUAUUUCCAUGUAAGUUAUCUAAAGAAAUUUAUAAGCUAGCUGAGGAAACUGUGCAACUAGCUAUAAAAAUAUGGGGCCCAAGAUCCUUGACUGAACUUGAAGCAGAGGAGCGACUGUCUUAUUCCUGUGAAAAGGGACCUGUGCAAGAUGAAGUAAUAUCAAAACUUCGUUGUGCUUUCCUGGAAAUUAAAAGCGAGUUUAAAUUUUAUACAGAUGAAGAGAAACAAAAGGUUAUAUCAUCUGGUGGACUCCAUGUAAUUGGUACUGAGCGUCAUGAGUCGCGUCGAAUUGACAAUCAGCUGCGAGGUAGAAGUGGAAGGCAAGGAGAUCCCGGAAGUUCACGUUUUUUCCUUAGCCUUGAAGACAACUUAUUCCGUAUCUUUGGAGGGGAUCGUAUCCAGGGGUUAAUGAGAGCGUUUAGGGUGGAAGACCUACCGAUUGAAUCGAAAAUGCUGACAAAAGCAUUAGAUGAAGCUCAACGGAAGGUUGAAAACUACUUUUUUGAUAUUCGUAAGCAACUAUUUGAAUUUGAUGAGGUCUUAAAUAGCCAAAGAGAUCGUAUCUACAGUGAGAGGAGGAUGGCCCUAGAAGCAGAUGAUCUUCAAUCACUUCUCAAUGAAUAUGCUGAGCUGACAAUGGAUGACAUCCUAGAGGCAAAUGUCAGUCCUGAUUCUCCAAGAGACGCCUGGGAUCUCGAGAAGCUUAUUGCUAAACUCCAACAGUAUUGCUAUCUGUUGAGUGAUUUGACCCCUAGCUUACUGGCUGAUAAAUGCUCAAAUUAUGAGGAAAUGCGGGAAUAUCUCAGGUUACAUGGUCGAGAAGCAUAUCAACAGAAAAGGGGGCUUGUGGAGAAUCAAGCUCCAGGAUUGAUGAAGGAGGCAGAGAAGUUCUUAAUCUUGAACAACAUUGAUAGACUGUGGAAAGAGCACUUGCAAGCACUAAAGUUUGUACAGCAGGCUGUGGGCUUGCGAGGAUAUGCACAGAAGGAUCCCCUAAUUGAGUAUAAGCUUGAAGGAUACAACCUUUUCAUUGAGAUGAUGGCACAAAUACGUAGGAAUGUUAUAUAUUCUGUCUACCAGUUUCAACCCGUCAUAGUGAAGGAACAAGAUAAAAUAGCUAGGGAAACAGAAAGUCUCAAUGCAAAUGAGAAGAGUGAAGAUGAAGUUGCUAAUAAUUCUUCUCCAGCUGCUACGCAGCCUAGUGCACGAGGCACCCAAUAAGCAUGAUCACAUCUGGAGGGUACAUACGAAAUAGAUUACUGGUUUUUUUUAUUAUUGAUUAGGGAGAGUUUGGGUGGGUCUGAAAACACUUUCGUGUAUUCAAAUGCUGCACUGAAAAACAAAAUGCAGACAUGGAUUUGAUCCGUCGUGUUCGAAACUCAUCAAAUGCAAGAUUGAUGUUUGAUUCAUCAUGUUUGAAACAUAUGUAAUACAACAAGAUUGAUUGCCUCACCGAGAAAGGAAUGCUUGUAUUAAAAUGCACAUCACACUUCAUUUUGGGCAUACACACUUUAAACGACAAGAAACACAUUGAUGCCGU